AUGAAAACAGGCCAAGGGGCAGACGUGGGCAAGAAACACAAACUUACAUAAUUUCCACACAGCACUUUGUUGGUUAAAUUGCUCAGUGUUCAACAUUCCUCUGGAUCUUCUCGAGAUUUCUGAGGAUGGUGGAACCAAGCGGGAGAUAUCAGCAGUUACCCAGUGAGGAGGAAGCAGAGGAGGGGCCUCAGGUGAGCUCUGAUGCUCCGCCCCCUUACAGCAGCAUUGCAGCAGACAAUGCAGCGUAUUUUGAUUACAAAGAAGACUCUGCAUUCCCCAAACCUCCAUCUUAUAACGUAGCCACGUCGCUGCCGUCGUACGAUGAGGCUGAGAGAAGCAAGGCGGAAACUUUUGUUCCUCUGGUGGCAGGACGAGAUGAGGACUUUGUGGCCAGAGAUGAUUUUGAGGAUGCGGACCAGCUGCGAAUCGGCAACGACGGCAUUUUCAUGCUGACUUUCUUUAUGGCAUUCCUCUUCAACUGGAUCGGUUUCUUCCUGUCUUUCUGCCUGACCACCUCGGCGGCGGGUCGUUAUGGCGCCAUCUCCGGCUUCGGCUUGUCCCUUAUUAAGUGGAUCCUGAUCGUGAGAUUUUCGACCUAUUUCCCUGGCUAUUUUGAUGGGCAGUAUUGGCUGUGGUGGGUGUUCCUGGUGCUCGGUUUUCUGCUCUUCCUCCGAGGCUUCAUCAACUACGCCAAGAUCCGCAAAAUGGCCGACUCUUUCUCCACUCUCCCAAGAACCAGAGUCCUCUUCAUCUAUUAAAGCUUCAUGUUCUUAAGCUUCUGUACGUGUAAUCAUGUUUAAUUGUAAAUACUAAAGCGUGUAAGUUCAUUGUUCAUGAUGAUUCUGAUUUUCGUCCUCCUGCAGCAGCUUGUUGGAAACCGAUACAGAAUUUCUGGCCUCCACGGAGCCGAGGGAUCACCUCACGUUUAAAGAAAAAAGAAAAUUGAAACGCGCUCCGUGUAUAAUAUACUGAAAGAAAUUCAGGUGUUGCUUUCAGAACGAUGGAUGAGGAGUGAUCUAUUAUUAUAGUUUUUUUCCUCCUGUUUUGAUAAACGCCGCUUGAUGGAUGGCGUGAUACACUUUCUAUGUUUGUAGAUGUAAACUUGUGGAUGCUGAUGUCUCUGUAACUGCAGAAAUCAUUAGUGAUUUAAGGAUAAGCGCUUUUUGCAUUCUUGGAUUUGUAAAUGAAUGCCAUGUGAUAAUCCGCUAUGUAGUAACGGCAUGCAGUGGUACCCAUAGGGGGCAGUCUUGUUAUUUUUCUUUAGUUUUUUUCCUCUUUUUUUUUUUCCCCCUUGUAAUGACGUUGGACAUAGAAGCAGCCAGUAGCUGUUGGUCACCAUUCACAAAUAUCUUUACCUUUCUGUGAAUGGCAGUGUUGGGGGAAUUGAAUUUAAAGCAGCACUUUUCACUUUCUCUCUCUCUCUCUCUCUCUCUCUCUCUCUCUCUCUCCCUCUCUCUCUCUCUCUCUCUCUCUCUCUCCCUCCCUCUCUCUCUCCCUCUCUCCCUCUCUCUCUCUCUCUACAUGACAUGAAAUAAAAAUUUCUCUCUCUCCCUUUUGAAAAUAUUUUUUAUUAGAGUCGUUACAUGUGAUGUGGUCAGGCAGUAUGCUUUUAUUGUCUGUAUUUAUUUUAAACAUGGGAAGUCCCAUAAAGUAAAAGUCGGAGUGCAAUUAUGGAGUGUUUUGUACGUCACGCACGCCAUGUGGAAUUAAACUAUAGCCUGAAAUAAAUAUUUAUCCCUUUA